AUGGAUCUCCGGUCGGUUCUUAACAACACGUCCGACAGCAAUGGCGACCGCGCUCCCCCAAGGCCACCGCCGGCCGCUCCUCAGCAACCGCAGCAGCAGCAGCAACAGCCUCGUCAUGCUCCCAGCCCGGCCCAGUACACGCCGGGCGAGUAUUCGCAGCAGCAGCAGCAGCAGCCGCCGCCUCAAGCAUCGCCGGCAGAGCAGCCUGCGAUGCACGACUAUCCGCACCCUCACCAGCAGCAACAGCCGCCUCACCCACAUCGACAUGCUUACCCUCAGCCUCAACCUCACCAUUAUCCCCCGCCACAGCAGCAGCAUCAACAGCAGCUCCAGCAACAGCAGUUGUUGCACCAACAACACCAGCAGGCACAGCAGGCACAUCAGCAGCAGGUACAACAGCAGCAGCAGCAGCAGCGUCCUUCCAACGCCUAUCCUGCGACGUCGCCCUUCCAGGCCCCGGGCCACUAUCAAUCCCAAUCCCGAUCUGCGCCAGUGCCUGCGCCGCCGCCGCUCCAACCGCCGAGUCAAUACCAUGACCCUCGCUCGCCCGUCAGCUCGAGGUCAAACUCUGGCCCCGUGAUAGCGUCACCCUACCGGCCGUCACCGACCUCGUCCACGACGCCUGGAGGCAGUGCGGGCUAUCCAUUCCCUACGCAGCAGCCGCCGGACAUGGUCAGCCCAAUCCAGCGGCAGUAUCCGAGCCAAUACCAGGACCCAAGACGAGACAGCUAUGCGCAGCAGAGCCCACAACUGGCCACGUACCAGCAGCAGCAGCAAAUGCGUCAGUACAUGCAGCAACAGCAACAACAGCAACCGUCGCCGCAGCAAUUGCAGCAGCAGCAUCAUCAUCAACAGCAGCAGCAGCAGCAACACGCCGGGCCUCCUCAACCACAACCACAACCACAACCGUCGCCUGUCAGGACGAGCAGCGUGUCCUCGCUCCAGUACCUCCAGCACUCACCGACAGCGACUCAGCAGCACUAUGGGCCCUACGCACAGGGCAGCCCAGUCCCUGCAGCGCAGCCUCCACUUGCGGAUUACAGCCGCCACCCUUCCAAUUCGCAACCGCCAACCCCUUUGGGCCCUCCUGGCAGUGCUAGCGGCGUGCGGCAGCCCUCGACAGCUUUUCAACCGCCAAGCCCGUACCAGCAGCGCAUGUCUGUGUCUUCGCUGACGGGCGCUCCAGCUCCGGCACAUGCACAUGCACACUCACAUUCGCUCUCCCACCCGCCGUUGCAGCCCCAGCCCCAGCCACAGGCACAAUUGCAAUCGCAAUCGCAGUCGCAGUCGCCGUCGCAGUUGCAAUCUCAGUCUCGGUCUCAAUCUCUGUCUCAGUCUCCGGCACAGACACAGACACAGACACAGACACAGACACAGACACAGACACAGACGCGGCAUCAGCAGCAUCAGCCCCAGCCCCAGCCUCAGCCCCAGCCCCAGCCCCAGGGACAGGCACAGGCACCGGCACAGGCACAGGUUCCGGCUCCGCUGAGCUCCCGGCCGCCGCAGCCUCAGGCACAACAACAACCUCAACCGCAACAACCACAUUCACUCGCUCAAUCACAGGCACAGGCUCCUCGUCCACCUUCCGCGCCGACUGAGGCUCCGGCCAAGACCCCGACCCAGACCCCGACCCAGAUCCCGGCGCAGGCACAGGCUCCGCCUCCGCCUCAGCUUCAGGCACAAACUCAGCCGUCGCCAAAACCAGCGCCGCCGCCGCCUGCAACCCCUGCCCAUCGCCUGUCCUCGCACUCCUCCCACGGCUCCUCGCCCGUCACAGAUCCGACCCAGCGCCCACGGUCCCAACAAGGCCGAGAGCAGAGUCUGUCCGUCAGUCCCAAGACCAGGCUCGGCUCCAUCCCUAGCAAUCCCGACGCUACCCCGGCCUCAACGGACCGAGCCGCGAGAUCUUCCCUCAGCGUCCACCCCAUGGCCAUCGAUUCAGACCGAGCGGUGACGCCCGCAAAGCGCAAGCUGGAGGAUCUCAACAUGAGCCCUGGCGAAUUGGAGUAUAAGGAAUCGAAGCCACCGCCCGGCGAGGUCAAUGGCGGCUACGCAGAACGCAUCAAAAAGUCGGCGUCUCCUAUCCUGUCCAGGAAAAGGCGGGCAAGGCACUCUCAACCGCCAAUCUGGGCCCUGAGCGUUCACACUCUGUGUAGGAAGCUGCCGUCCCACGCCAAUUUUGUUCUCCAGAAGCGAAUUCACUCCCACAUCAACACGGCCCUCAAUGGCAAGCACGAGCCCGCCGUCAAGGCAGAGCACCCUAGCCGCCAGCCUUCGCCCGAAGCAAGGAGGAAUCAACAAGCCAGCGUCAGCCAGCAGCCAGCCAGUGCUGAACCCGACCCCCAGGACAUAUUGGGUCCGUGGGAAGCCAGCAUCGCCGGCGUUAAGCCCAUUGAGGAGCUGUCCAAGAACGUGGCCGAUUUUCUCUUUGUCAACGUCGUUAGCAACCAGGACAUACAAGAAAUCACGAGCAGGGGAAUUCAGUUUGAGAUUGAAGCCAAGCUGGGCACGCUCAUUGACAAGGAUACAAACCAGCGCGUGGACCGAUUUGUUGCUACUGAAUGCAUCCUUGACGACAACGGGCGGGUUGCAUUCAGGAGUAGCAUGACAGAGGCACACCACAAAUCAUUCAACGACUUCCUCAACAACGUCGUCAUACAGACAGACCCGCGGAACCCCAAUGGCGGCGCCAAGCGAGUCCCGGUCAUUUACAAGCACAGGCGGGAGAUUGAUCGCUUCUACGAUCUGCCGCCAGAGAUGCACGGCCACCUUCCCGGAUGCGUUCGGGCCCGUCUUGGCUCGCGCAGUCGAAACGUUCGAGUACGAGUGACAUAUGACCAAAAGACGAACCAGAUCCUCAACAAGAUCAUCAAGGCGCGUGUGGCAGACAUUGAUCUGCACAUGCCCAUGGCGCCGAUGGACUGCCGCAUAAGCAUCAACCUUGAGAUGAACUGGGACGGAUCCGUCGAGGAGCUGGAGCAGCUGUCGGCGAAUAAGUCGGAUCGACAACCUGAUCGCAACAAGGAUCGCUUGAGUUACAAGCAAGGUCACUACCAAAUUGAUCUCACACAGGUUACUUACGCCGUCAAUGGUCCGGGGAACACGCAACGUAUGGAUAAGGAACACGAGCUCGAAAUCGAGUUGAAUCAUCUAGCGCUCCUCGACCAAGGACGAAGAGCCAUGAGCGGCGCCCCCCACCGGUACCAAGAGUUGGUGGAGGGCUUCGUGGACAAUGUACGACUGUUGGCACGGAAAGCCAAAGAGUUUGCUCCUAGACCAUGA